GAGAAGGCACAGAACAUGCGCCAGGGGAGGCUUCUUGAGAAGGUCUUGCCUACUCCAAAAUCUUGGUCUGUUUUUGUUUUUGAUCUUUUUGCUAUUUUUGCUGAGAAGUCGGAUAUCUGAAAUUUCGCAAUUUUUAAAAAUUUUAUUUAAAAGUAAACCAGUCUAUUGAAGAUGAGACUAAAUAUCGCCAUCUUCUUUGGGGCCCUCUUUGGAGCUUUGGGGGUUUUGCUCUUUCUGGUGGCUUUCGGAUCGGAUUACUGGCUUCUUGCGACUGAAGUGGAGAGGUGCUCAGGUGAACAGCAAAUAGCAGAUAUCACCUUUUACCAUGAAGGAUUCUUCUGGAGAUGCUGGUUUAGCGGGGUCAGGGAGGAAAAUGAUUCUAGCACCUAUAAGUUCUGGUACACCAAUCAGUCACCAUUCAAGAACUGCACCCAUGCCUACCUGUCCCCGUACCCCUUCACACGGGGCCAACACAACUCAACUGCCUAUGACUCUGCAGUCAUUUACCGUGGUUUCUGGGCAGUGCUGAUGCUCCUAGGGGUGGUGGCUGUCGUGACCGCCAGCUUCCUGAUCAUCUGUGCAGCCCCCUUCUCCAGUCACUUGCUCUACAAAGCCGGCGGGGGCUCCUACAUCACCGCAGGCAUCCUGUUUGUCAUGGUGGUACUGCUGUAUACCAUCUGGGUCCAGCUGGUGGCAGACUUCGAGAGCUAUCGGAAUGAGAAGCUGAAGGACUGUCUGGAGUUCACCCCGUCUGUCCUGUUUGGCUGGUCAUUUUUUGUGGCCCCGGCAGGAAUAUUUUUCUCCUUGCUGGCUGGCUUACUCUUUUUAGUUGUUGGACGGCAUAUUCAAUUACAUCACUAAACAGACUGUAGCCACUGACAUUUUUCUCCAUCUUGUUUUAAAGAUAUCAACAUAGAAUAAGUUGAUGUACCUUCUGACUUGUUUUUUGGAAUGUAGCCUUAUGCUUGUGAUGUUCUGUGAGAAACUCCUGGGAUUUCUCCAGAUACCAACAUGUUCCCAUCUCAUCUAAGGGUCUAUCAAGGACCCAAUUCUCCAGGAAAACAAUGCCUCAGUUUCCCUUUCAUGGCACAUUGUAGAGUCCAGGCAGGUAAUGUAGGCCCAAAAAUACCAUACCACCACGUGGGGCAAAUCAAGAUUUAGUUUAAAGUCUCCUUUUUGGACAUUUGCUUCUGCUGCUAAUUUAAAAACAGACUCUUGGAGAAAAAUUAAGAAUGAAAAAAAUACGUUGUCAGAGAAUUUCUUUCAUUUCUCCUCUACCCAGAUAUCUACACACAUAUACAUUCACUGACUCAUGUUAGAGACUGAUUUACUAUUUUAAAGUAGCAGUUAUUCUUGUUAGCAGGAGCUAUAGACUUCUAAGUUAAAAUGGCCACCAACAAAUGAAACCAAAAAUGUGUAUUUUAUUUUUUCUUACUACUAAUAAUUUGCUUGCCUAAUUUUAUUCUGUUAAUUGUACAUAUUCACAAAAACUUUAAACUAUAGUUAAAACUGGAAGAUCUGUACACCAAAUUUUAUGUGAUACAAAUGAAGAUUUUAUAAAAUUAAAGUGGGCUAACUGUAUAAUGUCAUAUUGUGGAAAGGAUGUUAAAACUAAGCACCUCAACUCAGUACACAAUUCUAUUUGAUAUUUUGAAAUUUCCAUUUAAAAUUAUAUUUCUAAGAUGUUCAAUGUGUGAAACUUCAUUGAUACAAUGUGCUUUUAAUGCUCUCCACCUAUAAAGUUUUGAAAUACUUUUUUUUGAAAAUAUGAGGGUUACUUUGUGAAAGACCAUGAAAUACUAGCUCUCCCCAGGACUUUAUAGGUACCAGUUCUUCUGAUCAUUUUAUGUGUUUAAUUAUUGCCCCUCAAUUUCUUCUUCUUUACAAUAGGUACAUUAACAUUUUCCGAUCUGCAAUUUUCUUUAACCUCCUAGAAGGGAAGAUUUGGGUUUCUUGUUUUUGUUUUUGUUUUUGAUGGGGAAAAAUUAUUUUUAUCAUUCGCUAGCAUAGACAUUUUGCAUAUCAAAGAACUUCCUUUGGCAUGAAUGUUGAUUGAAAUAAAACCCAUCUAAGGGAUGUAGGUAUUUGUAUUCUGGAAGCUUCUUUCAGGCCAAAGUUUGGUGUUAGUGAAGGAAGAGCUACUCAGCACGUGUGAGCUUUGUUCGCGGCCCCUCCCUGUUUUCUUCUAGAGGAGGAGAGAAGGGAAGGACCGACCCAGAGGCAGAGGAGAACUGCCUGGAAGUCACGCUGGCAGGAUGACAGUGGUGUCUCAUCCUACCGUGUCCCCCGGGGAACUAGCCCAAGCCUUCUCUGUGUGCCUCCUACUUAUCCUGAAGCCACAGUGGGAGGGGCCUGAGAAGCUAAGGUCCCAGUUAUCUACAGAAUCCUGAGGAAAUUCUAAUGAUAGGGCUUACCU